AUGAGCAGUGUUUAAUCACUUAGACCCUCAAACGCAGCAUUUAGUUCAUUUGCCUAGGGUGGGAACCAAACCAUCAUAUCUCUAGACAAGAAUAAAUUCAUCAAAGAUGGAUACGUACUUAAAUAGGGAGUAUUUAAAAGGUUCAAUAAUAAGUACCAUAUGAUAGUUGAGGAUACUUUUCUGAGAUACGGAAAGGUUGGUAAAACCAAGAUACAUACUAUUGAUCUCAAAGAUUCUGCUUCUAUCAUUCCAGAUGCAAAAAGUAAAAGGCAGUUCAAAGUCAAGACACCAAAGAAAAACCUCCAUUUCAGAUGCGAAACUGAUAUUGAUCAAGAAGAAUGGGUUAAAAUUCUUUCCACAAUAUCAGACAAAUUUUAAGACAAAGAAUUAUCUAUCCCAAAAAUGGAAGUAACCACGUAGGAAUAAAUAAAUACGUUUUAGUAACCAGCCUAAGCAUCAUCAAGAAUUAAGUCUUCACGCAGUCAGAAAGGAAUGAAUCUUACCUCAUUAUCGGAUACUUUAAAAAAUUAGGAUUCUGAUCUAAAUAAUGCAAUCCAGGGAUCAGAGAAAACAUUCUAAGAUUUAGAGGGAGAGAUUUCAAAACUUGAAGCAGAACAGGACAUCAAGAAGUUCAAGGAGAGAGUUCAGAACAUAUUAGAUGCAUCAAAGAGGUUCAAGAAAGAGUAAUCAACUGUUUUCAAGGUGAUCAAAAGAACCAAUAAAAAUCUUCAUUAAAUCGUGGAAUAUAUUGCUUUAAAUGAGAUUCAAAGGAAUCCUGUGGAAUUUAUAAAAAAGGAAUCUGAAAUAAAAUCAAGGGAGACUUAAAAUUUAGGAGGCUAAGGGGAUGAAUUUUAUUCCUUCGAAGAGGACAGUAAGUUGAAUGGCGCUCAUGAACCAGAAUUCAAAUCUCCUCAUCCUGAAGUAACUGCCAAGGGCAAUAAACUUAACUAUUUGGAGGAGAAAAAAGAUUCAGAUAUCAAUGACGACGUAGUUAUGACAGAGGGCUUGGAUGACGUAUUCCAUGAUGCCAACGAUUUUUUCCCAUCGGAAUCUGUUCUUGUUCCUGGUGGCUAAGGAGGUAUGAUUCAAAAUAGAAAAACCUACAGAUAAUCAGUGAAAGUUAAUACUUCAGGUGGUGACACUAUUCAGGAGGACGAAAAAGAAGAAGAUUAAGAUGACUAGUAUGAUCCUCCAACAAGGACUGUUCUGCCAUUUUUCAAGGAUCCGAAGAAUAAAAUUAGUGUGUGGACAAUUCUCAAGGAUUCAAUAGGGAAAGAUAUCACAAAAUUAUCAGUUCCGGUUUAUUUCAAUGACCCAGUUAAUAUUCUUCAAAAGUGCUGUAACUCUCAAGAAUAUCAUGAGAUGCUUGAGUUGGCAAUUGCAGAACCAGACCCAAUUAAAAGACUAGGUUUGGUUAGUGUCUACUCAAUUACGAUUCUAACAAAUAUUGAGAGAAAUUCCUCUAAACCUUUCAAUCCGUUGCUUGGUGAGACAUUUGAAUAUGUAGACGAAAAAAUGAGAUUUUUCGCUGAAUAAGUUUCUCAUCAUCCCCCAGUAACUGGCUUCAUUUGUUUUGGGAAAGCUGGAUAUAGAAUUUGGUCAAAUCAUAAAUAGAAGUCUAAGUUUACUGGAAAGUCUCUGAAUUUUAUGGCAUUAGGAAGAAUAUAUGUUGAACUUGAUGCUACAAAUGAGAAAUUUGAAAUUCAAUAGCCAGUUGUUAGUGCCCAUAAUCUUAUUAUUGGAACACCUUAUGUUGAUCUUGGAGGUAAGUCAAUAAUAAGAAAUUGCAGCAGAGAAGGAGAAUAUUGCGAGCUUGAAUUCCACAAGAGAGGGUGGAGUGCAUCAAGUGCUUUUAAGCUUGACGGCGAGGUAUUUAAUAGCAGGAAAGAAGUUAUAUACAAAAUUGAAGGAAAAUGGAGUGAAAGAGUGAACCUAAUAAAUAACAAAACAGGAAAUAAAGAAUACACCUGGAUAAAGGAGGCAUAUCCUGAAAACUGGGAGUACAUGUAUGGAAUGACUAGAUUUGGAUUAUAAAUGAAUUAUUUCCCAAAUUUUAUGCAAAAAAUAGUUGCUCCAACUGAUACAAGAAGAAGACCAGACUAGAGAGCUCUUGAGAAUGGAGAUAUGAAACUUGCUGGAUUUGAAAAGAACAGAUUAGAAGAGAAGUAAAGAGCAGUCAGAAGGUACAACGAGAAAAAUAAUAUCUUAUAUAAGCCAGUCUAUUUCGAGGAAAGAUUCAAUCCUGAAGAUAAUCAAAUGUACUUUAUGUACAAUGGUACUUACUUCGAAAAAGAUAGACCAGAAUAAAACUGGGCUAAACUUCCAGAUCUGUAUAGUGAAAAACUUCCUACUGAGGUAGAAGAAUUUGAAAAAAAGAAAAAGUGA